AUGGGAAUAGGGCGUGUUCUCGUCAUCGCGGGUUCUGAUAGUUCCGGUGGAGCCGGGAUCGAAGCCGACCAGAAAGUGAUUGCGGCACACGGGUGCUAUGCUAUGACUGCCACAACAGCCUUGACAGCCCAAAAUACUCAAGGUGUUGAGGAUAUUCAUUAUGUCCCAGCGGAGUUUGUUGGGAAGUUGAUUGAUGUGUCAAUUGGGGAUGUGGGGGUUGAUGUCGUGAAGACUGGUAUGCUAGCUUCUGGGGAAACAGUACAAGUGGUGGCGAAAGCAUUGCAAAGACAUCACGUGAAGUCUCUGAUUGUUGAUCCUGUCAUUGUCUCUACAAGUGGAUCGCAGCUUCUUCCUUCUACGGCUAUCCGCGAGCUACGAGAACUUCUGUUGCCCUAUACCACCGUACUUACACCCAAUGUGCCUGAAGCGAAGUUACUUCUUUCCGAUGCUGGCAAGGUUGUUGAUGAACCAAAGAACCUGAAUGAUUUGAUGAAUAUAGCGAAGCAGGUACAAUCAUUGGGGCCUAAAUAUGUAUUGGUAAAAGGAGGUCAUCUGCCUCUAAAGAAUGAUAAGACAGUGGCGACGACGGAGGAGGAAAGGGAACUCAUGGUUGACAUCUUGUAUGGAGAAGGAGUGAUCACAGAAAUUUGGUCUAGAUAUCAAAAAUCGCGGAACACCCAUGGAACGGGAUGCUCGAUGGCCUCCGCCAUUGCUUCUAACAUUGCGAACGGGAUGCCCGUGGUACAAGCCGUGAGGAGUGCAUGUCGGUAUAUUGAGGCAGGAAUACGAACGGCGCCAAACCUGGGAAAAGGCAAUGGCCCGAUCAAUCAUUUCCAUUCAAAUUACAGUUUACCUUUCGCUCCGGGUCGCUUCGUGGAAUAUCUUCUGGAGAGACCAGAUGUCAAAGGGGCUUGGCGAGACCAUACCGAGCAUGCGUUUGUUGCUGGACUUGGAGAUGGAACUUUACCAAUGGAAUCUUUCAAGUACUAUCUCAUCCAGGACUAUCUGUACCUUGUGCAAUUUGCAAGAGCCACUGCCUUAGCUUCGUAUAAAGCCAAAACUAUGGAGGGCAUUGCGGCAUCUGCAGGUAUCGUACUCCAUAUUCACCGCGAGAUGGCAUUGCAUAUCAAUUAUUGUGAGGGGCUCGGCAUGACGAAAGCAGAGAUUGAAGCUUGCGAAGAGAGUCAAGCAUGCACAGCAUACACCAGGUAUGUCCUCGAUAUCGGACAAUCUGAAGACUGGCUGGCCCUUCAAAUAUCCAUGGCGCCUUGCCUUAUCGGCUAUGGAGAAAUUGCAAAACGACUGCAUGCAGACCCGAAGACAAAACGGGAAGGAAACAUCUAUUGGAAAUGGAUAGAGAAUUAUGUUGCAGAUGAUUAUACGGAAGCAGUGAAUGUUGGAUCAGCUUUGCUUGAGAAACAUGCUGUUUUGCAAUCACCCAAUAGGAUAGAGGAAUUGGUCAAGAUAUUUGUUCAUGCAACAAAGAUGGAAACUGGAUUUUGGGACAUGGGUAGUGGAGGAAAGGUAUGA